CAAAUUUCUCUCACCAUAUCUCUCUCUCUCACACUCUUACUCUUUCUCACUUGACUUCCAUCCUCUCUUUCUCUCUCUCUCUCUCUCUUUUUUUUGGAGAGAGAAAGUUCUCCACCAUCCAUUUUUUGGGUGAUAAUUUGCUUGGUGCUCUGUUGCUAGAUUCAGGCAAAAGAUUAAGAUUUACAAAAAAGUUAUAAGGAUAAAUACAAGGGUCAGACCGUCUUAUACAAGAAUUUACGUGUGCGCUAACACUUCCCGAGUUUGGUGUCUUUCCAUUAGAUUUGAUUGUGGAAGUCUGAAGUGAGUAAUCAUCUAGGUCUAAGUAGCUUUGGUUUUUCCAUCAUUUAUUACCGGUGUUGGGUUUUUCUGGUAAAUCAUCAAGUCUAAGUAAGAUGAAGUUUAAAGAUGGAAGGCCGAUUUCUCACCCUGAUAAAGCUGUGAAGAUCGUCCCCCUGUCGUUCAUCAUUGUUCUGUUAUGCGGGAUAUCAUUCUAUCUUGGUGGGGUAUUCAAUAAUAUUGAUGCUAAAGAUAUCACCGACGCGGUUACAAAAACAGAACAAAAACGGACGACGAAAUCAGCUGUCGCACCUCUACAGAUUAAGUCUGUUUCCUUCCCUAUAUGUGGCGUUGAAUACCAGGAUUACACUCCCUGCACUGAUCCAAGGAGAUGGAAGAAGUAUGGUUACAAACGGCUUGCUUUCUUGGAACGACAUUGUCCACCAAUAUUCGAAAGAAAAGAGUGCUUGGUGCCCCCACCUGAGGGGUAUAAAUUGCCAAUUAGAUGGCCAAAGAGCAAGAACGAGUGUUGGUACAGAAAUGUGCCAUACGAUUGGAUCAACAAGCAGAAGUCUAAUCAGCAUUGGCUGAAGAAAGAAGGAGAAAAAUUCUUCUUCCCUGGUGGAGGCACGAUGUUUCCCAAGGGAGUCAGUCAUUAUGUAGAUCUUAUGGAAAACUUGCUUCCUCAAUUGAAAGAUGGAACUAUUCGUACUGCUAUUGAUACUGGCUGUGGGGUCGCUAGCUGGGGAGGCGAUUUGCUGGAUAGAGGAAUUCUUACUGUCUCCCUAGCCCCAAGGGAUAACCAUGAGGCACAAGUUCAAUUUGCCCUGGAACGUGGUAUUCCUGCAAUUCUAGGAGUUAUUUCAACACAACGACUUCCUUUCCCUUCCAGUUCGUUUGAUAUGGCUCACUGCUCAAGAUGUCUUAUCCCUUGGACAGAGUUUGGUGGAGUCUACCUCAUGGAAAUUCACCGUAUACUUCGGCCAGGAGGUUUCUGGGUUCUUUCUGGACCACCUGUGAACUAUGAAAACCGUUGGCGAGGGUGGAAUACCACUGUUGAGGAACAAAGAUCAGACUAUGAAAAAUUACAGGAAUUGCUUACUUCUAUGUGCUUCAAGCUGUUCAGCAAAAAGGAUGAUAUUGCUGUGUGGCGGAAGGCUUCAGACAAUAGCUGCUAUGAUGAGAAGCUUGCUAAUCCUGAUGCUUAUCCUCCCAAGUGUGAUGACAGUGUGGAGCCUGACUCAGCUUGGUACACUCCUCUACGCUCGUGUGUGACAGUCCCAAACCCAAAGUUCAAAAAAUUGAGUUUGAAAUCCGUGUCAAAGUGGCCACAACGUUUGGACGUUGCACCAGAUCGCCUCUCUGAUAUUCCUGGUGGGAAUGGCGGUGCCUUCAAGCAUGAUGAAAGCAAGUGGAAGGUCAGAGUUAAGCAUUACAAGAAGUUGGUCCCGGCCUUGGGAAGUGACAAGAUAAGGAAUGUUAUGGAUAUGAAUACAGUGUAUGGGGGUCUUGCAGCUCAACUAAUUGAGGAUCCUGUUUGGGUUAUGAACGUAGUUUCCUCCUAUGGUCCUAACACAUUGCCUGUGGUUUAUGAUCGGGGUCUCAUUGGAGCUUAUCAUGACUGGUGCGAGCCAUUCUCUACCUAUCCAAGAACAUAUGAUCUUCUUCACGCAGAUGGCCUCUUCACUGCUGAAAGUCAUAGGUGCGAUAUGAAGUAUGUGCUCUUGGAAAUGGAUCGAAUCCUUCGACCUAGUGGGUAUGCUAUCAUCAGGGAAAACAACUACUUUGUGGAUUCUAUCAGUACUAUUGCCAAGGGGAUGAAGUGGGAGUGUCGCAAGGAAGAAACUGGUUACAACAGUGAGAAUGAAAAGAUACUAGUAUGCCAGAAGAAACUCUGGUACUCUAAACAGAGUUCAAGAUGACAAACUAUAGCAGUCUUUGAAUCACGAAGGCCAUCGAGUUUUCUGGUUGAGAAUGAAAUAUAAGUUAUACUCUUGAUGUAAUUUAGAGAAAGAUCAAGAGCACAGGUCAAGAAAGGCAAAGCUUAUAUAGAUGAUUCUUUUUGCCGCACGAGAAGGAACGUGCUGUCUAUCCAAUUCAUUAUAGAAGAAUUCAAAGUUUUAUAAAAGAAACCAGAGUUUGUCAUACUGAAAUUAGUCUAUUAGAAAACAAUAUGAUCUUACAGUAUUAUUUUGUAGUUGAUGUAUUUUUUUUUUAAUCAAGUUUAUACAUGCUCCGAACAUUGUACUCCGUACUAAAAAUAGCCAGUACCUUAAAUUUUGUGCACGUGAUGAUAUGAAAAUGUGCUGAGAUUUUUACACCAUGAAUUGUCAGCUUUUAGCCAGCAACUCCAGUGGUUGUUUCUGAGGAUGAUCUUUGUAACAAUGUUUAACCCCUUUUCAGUCGUUUAAGACCUUACUUUAGCGUCAAUAAAAAGGCUCUUUUUUGACUUAAA